UUUGAUGUUGAUGAUCAACCACCUAUACUGAAGGCUUGUGGACAAGGUCAUAUGGAAAUAGUAAAGAUGUUGUUAGAAAUAGGAGCAGACUGUAAUAAAUGUGACAGUGAAGAUCAGUCACCUGUAAUGAUGGCUUGUAGACACGGUCAUAUAGAAAUAGUAAAGAUGUUGUUAGAUAAAGGAGCAGACUGUAAUAAUUGUGACAAGCUGGGUAAAUCACCUGUACUGAAGGCUUGUGAACAUUGUCAUACAGAAAUAGUAAAGAUUUUGCUAGACAGAGGAGCAGACUGUAAUACAUGCGACAAAGGGGAUCAGUCACCUGUAUUGAUAGCUUGUGGACAAGGUCAUGAAGAAAUAGUAAAGAUGUUGCUAGAUAGAAGAGCAGACUGUAAUAAAUGUGACAGAGAUGACCAGUCACCUUUAAUGAAGGCUUGUGAAGAAGGUCAUGUAGAAAUAGUAAAGAUGUUGCUAGAUAGAAGAUCAGACUGUAAUAAAUGUGACAGAGAUGACCAGUCACCUGUAAUGAAGGCCUGUGAACAAGGUCAUAUAGAAAUAGUAAAGAUAUUGCUAGACAAAGGAGCAGAUUAUAAUAAAUGUGACAGUAAAGGCCAUUCACCUGUAAUGAGAGCUUGUAAACAAGGUCAUAUUGAAAUAGUUAAGAUUUUGCUAGACAGAGGAGCAGACUGUAAUACAUGUGAGAGUAAAGACCAGACACCUAUAAUGAAGGCUUGUAAACGAGGUCAUAUAGAAGUAGUGAAGAUAUUAUUAGACAGAGGAGUAGACUGUAAUAAAUGUGACCUGUGGGGUCAGUCACCUGUAAUGAUGGCUUGUGCACGAGGU